AAGGCUUCUUUCCACGACUCUUUGGGUUGGAGCUCUUGAACCCAUAGCACUUGGGGCCUCCUUUCUCUCUCUGCCAGCCAUUCGUGCUCUGGGCUGCCUCUUUCCAGCUCUGGCGAUGACCUUCCAGGUCGCAGAACUGCAGAGAGAUGGCAGGAAUUGGGCCAGACGCCCCUCCUCUCUCACACACACACACGAAUUGGGACUGCCAGCUUCUGAGUCGCUCUCUCUGCUCGUCUCUUCUAGGUUCAGGCGCUUAAGGCGGCUGAUCAGCUGCAAGAAGGUGGCACCCCUAGAAGUACUGGAGCAGCCCGCGGUGUCGGAUGUGCUGGGAAUCCACAUCCCUUCCGUUGCGCUGCUUGACAAAGAUCAGCUCCAGCUUCUGGGCAUCAUCCAGGACUGCCAGGCAGCUCGGCUCAGGGGGCUCCGAACCCUGAAGUACUCCAAGGAGGAGACUGCCAAAGCCAUUCUGAACAUCCUCGGGCACUUGGAGUACUUCAGGGAUCGCCCCCUGAGCCUGGCCCUGGCCUUCGAGGCCCUCCUGCAAUUGAGUUUUAUGAGACCCCACUUCAGUCUCUCUAUGGUGAGCGAAAUCCUCCAUAGAACAGCGGAGGCAGUUCUGGGGAGUGCAGAGGAGGACAAAGAGGAACUGAAGAGGCCAUUUCAAAGCCUGCUGGGGGGUCUCCUCCUAGAAGCCCCCAAUACUAGAACCUUUCUCCAAUUGCUUACCGACCUCCGAUAUUAUGCCCUUUGGGGGAAUGAAGACGAAAGGAAAUUAGGGGCCAGCAGUAUAUCCCUGCUGCUGGCCCUUUCACAAAGAUUCCCAAACCUAAGAAACAAAGUGAUUCGGCCGGAGCUGGCGUGCUUCAGAAAUAAUCUGAAAGAAGGUAAUCCCCACACCUUGGGGACAGUGAACUCCCUGUCCCUUGUUUGCCCAAGACACACCUCCCAGGUCUUCUUGCUGGGAGUCCUGCAGGACCUGCUCCCUGCCUGGCAGGCCUUUCCCACCUGCCCUGGGAGGGCAGCACCCAGACUGACUCCAGCUACAAGAAGCGGAGAGAACUGAACAGAUUUUCUCUCUUUUUCAUUCUUUUCCAUCCAGAUGACAUCAUCAUUGAAGAAUUAUGAUUUUCCUCCUUGAAGGAAUCAACUGGCUAAAGACUGGGAGAAGAAGAGGCGCUAAGAAUCAGGAGGGGGACAGAUGAUUUAAGCAGCCAUGAAAUAUGGACUGAGAUUGGGCAGAACAAGGAAGAAAGGAAGGAAGGAA